CCCAAGCAGGGUGUCCUGCUGGGGAGAUCUCACGGCUCCCCAAACUCUGUCUGGGAAUGCAGCCCCAUUCCUCUCUUCCUGAAUCUCUGUUCUGCCACCCGUGGUGCUAGUUCCCCUACCUGGACUUUUAGGACAGAGAGCCCAGGAGUGAGCCCAGGGUCCAGUGUGCUCCCCUGCAUGCCUUCGCCCUUUUCUGUUGGCCGCCUGGAUCUUUUAGAGUUGGUCAACAACCAGGGAGGUUUUUCAGGCCACAUCUGCAGCAGAGUGAGACUGUUUAUACAGCACUUCCUCUUUUAACCACAUCCCUUAGCUCAGAAUGAGAUGCUUUAGAUAUUCAAAGCAUGCACCUGAACUAAACUGCAUUUUGAUCCCGAAAUCACUGGAGGCCAUACCCAAGCUGCCUUCAUUCACCUUAGUGGAGAGCAAACGCACGCAAGUCCUGAAGCUGUAACUUUGAGAUGUUCAGUGUGCUGCUCUCCCCACCUGGGCCGCGCCAGGCAGGGAGCAUUCGAGUCCCUCGAGCACCCGCACGUGGAGGGCGAGGGCAGGUGGCCUGGCACACGGUGGAGGGGAUAGAGGCCACGGUGGACAGUCCACAGAGAGAAAAGGUUUACAUGGGAGAACAAGGGUGCUUAGGAAUAAAUUCUGGGCUGGGAUUCGCUCUUUCCUAGGCUUCCAUGGACUUCUGUCUCUCACAGUGCAGCACCUGCCUUUCGGGCAGUGUCUCCUGGUCCUUUUGGAAGAAUCUGUGUUUUUCCAGCAGGUGUGAAUGUUUCUUUCCCAUCUGUCUUGCAGCCUCCGAGAGCAUGGUCUCCGGCCCCGCCAUCAUGGAGGACGACGACCCGGAGGUGGAUUCGGCAGACGAGUCCGUCUCCAACGACAUGAUGACUGCAACCGACGAGCCCUCCAAGAUGUCGUCCGCCACCGGGCGCCGCAUCCGGCGCUUCAAGCAGGAGUGGCUGAAGAAGUUCUGGUUCCUGCGGUACUCCCCCACCCUCAACGAGAUGUGGUGCCACGUCUGCCGCCAGUACACGGUGCAGUCCUCGCGCACCUCCGCCUUCAUCAUCGGCUCCAAGCAGUUCAAGAUCCACACCAUCAAGCUGCACAGCCAGAGCAACCUGCACAAGAAGUGCCUGCAGCUGUACAAGCUCCGCAUGCACCCGGAGAAGACGGAGGAGAUGUGCCGCAACAUGACCCUGCUCUUCAACACCGCCUACCACCUGGCCCUCGAGGGCAGGCCCUACCUGGACUUCCGGCCGCUCGCCGAGCUGCUGAGGAAGUGCGAGCUCAAAGUGGUGGACCAGUACAUGAACGAGGGCGACUGCCAGAUCCUCAUCCACCACAUCGCCCGGGCCCUGCGGGAGGACCUGGUGGAGCGCGUGCGCCAGUCGCCCUGCCUCAGCAUCAUCCUGGACGGGCAGAGCGACGACCUGCUGGCCGACACGGUGGCCGUCUACGUGCAGUACACCAGCAGCGACGGGCCCCCGGCCACCGAGUUCCUGUCUCUGCAGGAGCUGGGCUUCUCCAGCACAGAGAGCUAUCUCCAGGCGCUGGACCGGGCCUUCUCGGCCUUAGGCAUCCGCUUGCAGGAUGAGAAGCCGACCGUCGGCUUGGGCGUGGACGGGGCCAACGUCACAGCCAGCCUGCGCGCCAGCAUGUUCAUGACGAUCCGCAAGACGCUGCCCUGGCUGCUGUGCCUGCCCUUCAUGGUGCACCGGCCGCACCUGGAGAUCCUGGACGCCAUCAGCGGCAAGGAGCUGCCCUGCCUGGAGGAGCUGGAGAACAACCUGAAGCAGCUGCUCAGCUUCUACCGCUACUCCCCGCGCCUCAUGUGCGAGCUGCGCUCCACGGCCGCCACCCUCUGCGAGGAGACCGAGUUCCUGGGGGACAUCCGGGCCGUGCGGUGGAUCAUCGGCGAGCAGAACGUCCUCAAUGCCCUCAUCAAGGACUACCUGGAGGUGGUGGCCCACCUCAAGGACGUCAGCAGCCAGACCCAGCGGGCGGACGCCUCGGCCAUCGCCCUGGCCCUGCUGCAGUUCCUCAUGGACUACCAGUCCGUCAAGCUCAUCUACUUCCUGCUGGACGUGAUCGCCGUGCUCUCACGCCUGGCCUACGUCUUCCAGGGCGAGUACCUGCUGGUGUCCCAGGUGGACGACAAGAUCGAGGAGGCCAUCCAGGAGGUCAGCCGGCUGGCCGACUCCCCGGGGGAGUACCUGCAGGAGUUCGAGGAGAACUUCCGAGAAAGCUUCAAUGGGAUUUCGAUGAAGAACCUCAGGGUGGCCGAAGCCAAGUUCCAGUCCAUCAGGGAGAAGAUCUGCCAGAAGACCCAAGUCAUCCUGGCUCAGAGGUUCGAUUCCCGCAGCCGGAUCUUCGUGAAAGCCUGCCAGGUGUUCGACCUGGCCUCCUGGCCCAGGAAUAGUGAGGAGCUCAUGAGCUAUGGCAAGGAGGAUAUGGUGCAAAUAUUUGAUCACCUGGAGGCCAUCCCCACCUUUUCCCGGGACCUCUGCAGGGAAGGGCUGGACCCCCGGGGGAGUCUGUUGAUGGAGUGGCGGGAACUCAAGGCUGAUUACUACACCAAAAAUGGCUUCAAAGACCUGAUCGGCCACAUUUGCAAGUACAAACAGAGGUUUCCGCUCUUGAACAAGAUCAUCCAGGUUCUGAAAGUCCUCCCCACUUCCACCGCUUGCUGCGAGAAGGGCCGCAACGCCCUCCAGCGAGUUCGCAAAAACCACCGCUCCCGCCUGACCCUGGAGCAGCUCAGCGACCUGUUGACAAUCGCUGUGAACGGACCUCCGAUCGCCAACUUUGAUGCCAAGCGAGCCCUGGACAGCUGGUUCGAGGAGAAGUCUGGCAACAGUUACGCGCUGUCUGCCGAGGUCCUCAGCAGGGUGUCCGUGCUGGAGCAGAAGCCAGUGCUACAGACCGUGGACCACGGGGCAGAGUUUUACCCCGACAUUUAGGGAGCUGGCGCUGCAGAGUUCACUAAGCUGUUGAAUAUUUUUUUAAUCUAUACUCAUGAGCUUUGAUAUAUUAUAUAAAUAUAUAUUAUAUUAUAUUAUAUAUAUAUAUAUAAACUCACACUGAAAUUUUUUUAAAAACCAAGGUGACGUGUCCACCAGAAGCCACUGGGAGCUUUCAGAAAGGAAUAAUGUCAGAAACUGACUCUUGUCUACAAAAUCCGGCAGCUGCAACAUACGUGGCAACUCAUUUUCACUCACAGAAGCGUGUGCUGGGGCCACCUGUGUGCCCACCUAACAGUCUACCAAGAGCAUAAGCUAAAAUGACGGGUCUCUGUCAUCACCUUUAGGUAGCUUACUUGUUUAUGUUUUCAUUUGGGGAUUGAGAGGGUUUGGGUUUGGGUUUAUGUUCUUGCUUUUUAUUUUUUGCGUGUGGUUUUAUGAUGGGGGGGUCUUGGCCUCCUCGUUGACAUUCUGGUCCAGCUGAAUCAGAUCCCUGAUUUCAGAUGGGGUGGGGAGGGGCGGUGUAUCUGGAUUGGGGUGUUUGAUCUUUCUCCCCCCCCCGUCCUGACUUCAGCUUGAGAGAUUUUUAUUCAUUUCCUGAUGAGGGUUCCUUCACUGUCCUAGAAACAAAAGUGUCGGUCAAACUGUGACACCACCAUUCCUCACCUCUGUUGCUUUUCUCCCUGUCUGGGGUUGUGGAUUCUCCCCGUCCAGGCCCUGGAUACUCUAGAUAUCACCUGUUAGACUGAAGAUGGCAUUGCCUUACAGCCGUGCUUGAAAUCCUGGGGAAGGGAGAAGGUGUGAGCUUCUUGCAUUCCUGUUUUCUUAUGUGGUGGAAGAUAAAACAAUAUAAUUCCAUUCAGAUCCAGGGCUGCUGGGGAGACAAGAGGCCAAGAAGUUCAGACCCCAAUAGGGCAGUGACUUUUGGCUAAAAACAAGUAAAAUGAAAAGUAUAUAUUCAAUUUACAUGAAUUAUUUAUACUUUGUCUUUAUAAUCAUAUCACGUGUUAGUGGGUUUUGUUUUUUUCUUUAAUAAUUGAGAAAUGCCUGCUAUAGUUCAGUGGCAGGGGAUGUCAAUGCAAGUGUGCAAAUGAGAGUCUCUAGAGAUGUGGCCCAGGCUGGUGACAAGCCCCGCAGCCUGGCAGGAAGGCCGUGGGAAACUAGGGAAUGUGUCUAUGCCUGUGAACUCUUCCUUUUUUGAACAGGGUAGAGAUGUCCUAAGGAAAAGGAAAAAACAGGAAGUAAUACAGGACUCUCAAGGCAUCAGCCUACACACACACACACACACACACACACACACACACACACACAAAACCACGUAUAAGCUUUAGAAAUAGCCACUUGCCUACUCCCUGGGGCAAGCAGCGGUUUAAGCUAGAGGAGUCUGAUCAAUGCUCUUUCGUUCAUUUAACUACAGUAUACCUCGCAGGGGAGUUUUAAAAAAUGUGCGUGAGCUGUUAAAAACUUCUGUUCAUGUUUCUACAUCUGAUUUAUGCAUAUUUUAUGUGCAGAGAUCCUAUCGCGUGGAUGCAGGUCAUGUCUGGGGAGGGAGGAAGAUCUGGAUUAGGUGCGUGCGGUCAGUUCUGCUGAGCGCGGCCCCUCUCGGUUAGCAGAGCGGGGUGCCAUCUGGCCACAGGCAAGGCCCCAUGUCCUCAACCUGCAUGGCUCAGACAUUGUAAAACUGUGGUGGCUUCCUUCCUUCUUGGUUUAUCUUAUCUCCGAGGCCUCAUGCCACCGUUGAGAACCAUAGUGGAACUGUCAUCAACACUGAACAUGUUAUUGCCCCUUCCUGGUCCUGCAAUCCCUUUAUCCCCUCCAGUCCCUUCCCUCUCACCCCCAUGGUCUUGGUGCUAAGAUAACUUUAGAAUCAUUGCUGCUAGUCAAUAGCUUUUCAUUAUAUAAAUAUAUUAUAUAUAUUAUAUAUUAUUUUUGAAACGUUUUUGUUUGUUUUCAACAGUGAUGUAGCAUGUUUUAAAAAAACAAACAAACAAAAAAACUGGGUUCCUCCAACUGUCCCACUGCCAGGCCUCAUAUGCUGCCUUCUUCAGCGAAUCAAUGCACCCCUGUCUGGUGACAUUCGCCCCACCCCCGGCCCGCCCUGACCCGAGUUGCACACACACUUCCCCACCCUCCGCUGAGCGAGAAGAGAGUUCGCAGGAAUUAGCAAGGAAAGACCAAAAGCCCCUUUCUGAUGCUUUGGACACCCCCAGCCCUGCUCCACUUCCGUACUUGAAGCCGAUGUCUCCCCCAGCUGCCCCCCAUCUGGGUCGAAGCCUAACUGUGGUCAAGUGGGGUGCUGUCGCAAAGCACAAGGUCCCACCCUGCCCGGCGCCAGCCUCGGGUCUUCUCUCGCGCACACAAACUGCCGUGGCUGGGGUUUCACUGAGCAUCGCAGAGACUGAGCCGGGCCCAGGGCAGAGUGCGCCUUGGUGAGGGGCAGAAACAGCAGCUUGGGAUCCUUUCUUCUAGCCAACAGUUGCCUUACACCUUUUCCUUCUCUCUCUGCUCCUCCCUACCCAUGACACUGGGACUCUCUACCAAGCGGGGCCGUCCCCCAGACCACUCAUUUGAAAACCAGGCAGAGAGAGUCAGUGUCUGCCUGAGCACCUCGUCAGGGCUGCGACUGUUUCCUCUCGAGAGAUCUUGGCCAAAAUUAGCUCAGAUCUUCAGCUAGGGGGCACACAGUGCUCCGGGUGAGUGCCAGCUCCUAUUCACCUACUCUAUCUCCUGAGAAGGCUGGGAGCAGGUGACUUGCCUCUGGGCCUAGCAGAAUGAGCUGCUACUAGUAGCACAUGGCCACCUCCUGAGGCAGCCUCCAGACCUAGGAGAAGCUAAGUUUGCAGGCGGUCUUGAAGGUCAGCAGGGUACCUCUAAAACUCUGGGUGCUCAUGGCUUCUGCUGCAUUCGGCUAUGCCAGGGCUGUGGCUCACACUCUGUAGGCCACUUUGCCUUGGGACAGGGAGUAACCAGGGAACAAUCUGGGUAACACACCACUGCAAUUUACACAGGGUCUCUUCUCAGACUGCAUGCUCCCCGGGAGGCUCAGUGCUCCUAUCCUGUGAUUUCUGUGAGUGAUUACCGUGAUUUCUGCCGUAGGCGUUUCAGGCUGAUGGGACACUCGGGGUCUAGUGCAGAGAACCGUACGCUUGACUCGCCUCAUAUCCCCUUGAUGAGCAUAAAGAUCUGUGGACAGGCGGUCCGUGCGUCCCAGAUGACAGAGCCAUUUAACUCAGCCCCUGGCUUAGGAGUGACAACCAUAGGCUUAGAAUGAAAUGGGUGUCCCAGGCUGAGACUUGUCGUCAUUGGGCUAGCUGAUUAAUGACUCUCUUUGGCUCAUGGAGAUGGUUGGAAGUGAGAUCAACUCUGAGGCCCAGGUUUGGGGCCAACUGUGCCAAGCAUAUACAUGGCAGAGCCGGGGAGCCAGGAUUAAAAAGCCCUUAGGAUUAAAAAAUACCUGCUCUUCCUUCAUGGAGGAAAGAGCAAAAGAGGCACUGCCACCUAGUAUCUGUGAAAAAUGAGGACAGCCCAGACCUGUCCGCAACUCUUGCCGUGUUAUAGUCCCCAUGUUUUGCCUGCCUGGUUGAACACAAGAGUCCAGGCAUCAUUUUUGUUUAAAUGGCUACCCGCGACAUCCUCACUUCCACGUCCUCACUUGGGAAUGAAACAGGCUCAAGCUCCUGGGUGGUGGGGUUCAGUGCUGGGCACUUGGGGGUCUCUGACCUCAGCCCCUGCCACAUGUCCCCAAGUUGAGUUGUUUUUCUGAGCCCCCUUCCCUUGACUUGCUUCUUCUGCCAAGCCUCUAAUUUGGAGAAAGGACCUUGCAAUUACUUAAGAUAAUGCUUGAAUACUUUCCAUUUGUUUGGAGGUGGUGCCAAGAGGGAGAAAACAUGGGAAAGUACGCAGAAGGCUGCAAAGGACAGCAGAGAGCCUGCUGUGGACUACAGCCUUGGCACAGCCCGGGCUGAAGGGCUGGUGCCACGUGAACUGCCCCCCUGGAGCCCAGUGGGGGCCAGGAGGAGGCCCGAGGGGUUGAAAUAUAACUUCUCUUUUUCUAUCACCCCUUUCAUUUUUUUCUCCUGCCCCCUCUAGGAACAGGAGUUCUGAAUCGAGAUCUGCUUUAGGCUUAUGGUCUAGGAUGAUUUCCAAGUAGAAUUCUUGCUUUUUCUUGGUCCAUGCACCCAAUUUUGGCAGAAUGCACCAAACUCAUACCCUCUCAUCCCUUCACGAGGCAGAUCUAGCCAGGCCAGGCUGGAACAGCUGGAGCAGGCAGGCCAGGCCUCCUUAGACAAGAAAGGAUUUUUUAGAGGGCAGUCGAGCUUGGAACACCCAUUCCAGACAGCAGUCUCCUAGGGGAGGUGGUGCCCUGUCGUGCGGGUUCUCAUCCAGCCUUCUGCUUGGGGGAGGCCCUUCUCUUGCUGUCUGUUGAUCAGGAUGCUUUCGUUGCGUGGAGGGUACUAUGAUAUUUUAAGGAGCCUCUGAGGCAAUCUUUGCAUGUUAGCCAGAGGGAGAAAAAGUGUCCUUUUGGGAGGAAAAUGGUACGGCCCUCCUCUUCCAUCUGGCACUCCCUUCCCCCAACCCCGCCAGUGUAUCGCCCCGGAAAUACCUAUGCAAUCCAGUCUCCCUAGGAGAGAGUGCAUGGAAGCAGGGGCAUGUGCAGUGUACAAUACACAUGCUACAGCAUUUAUGUUGUAUAUAUGGACAUAUACAGUACGUAUACACACAGAGUAAGAGAGUAAAUCACGUCUAUAUAUCUAUAAAUAAUAUCCUAUAUAUUUAUACAUUUCUAUGUUCUAAAUAGAUAUAAAAUAGAGUUUAUAGAGCUGGGAGAGCAGCAGGGAGGCCGGCGCUGUGCUGUGGGCAGGGGAGGAGGCAGGGCUUUUGCAGGGGAGACGGGAAGCUCCUGUCUCCACAGGGUUUGCCGGCCAGGGGGCCUCCUACCCGAGUGCUGGAGAGCAGAGUCGCUGGGUCCCUGCCCUGUCCGUGCACUGUGUCUCCUUCUCCGCAGGCUUGGGCUGAGGUUGGAAGGAGAUACCCGCUGAGCUGCAAAAGUGGCCCUUCCGUCCCUCCCACCCGCCUCUGCCAGCCUCCGCUUAGGUGGUCACUGCUGCUUGGCAGCGACCCCUGGCGGAGGGGCCACUGCACACACUCCCCCAACACCCUCACCCACCAGAAACGAGCAGCAGCAUCGGUGGCACUAGGAAAGGGGCAGAUUGGAUCAGGUGCGGUCCAGGAAAGAUGCCGCCUUCACUACCACCACCCGGCACUUCUGCUGCCCCCUACAGGCCGAGCCUCUGAAGUGCAGCCGCGCGGGCCUCCCUAGCCGCUCUGCCCGUCUGCGGGCCGGGCCUGGGAUGGGCAGCGCGGCCCACCACCCAGGGGCUUUCUGGCCGGACAGGGGGCAUCGGCUAACAGGGGAGGGUGGCAGAGACACAUCCGCACACUCACACGUUCAAUGGCAACUCGCGUUCAGAAGCAGGGCCUCGGCCCAGCGCACUCCGCGCAGCCUGCCGGCUGUACUCAGGACAACGCCGCUCCCCUCCUCCCGCGCCCAGGCCCUGCCCCUCUCCCACCUCCGUGGAACAGGCAGGUUUAGUUCACAUACACUGUUCGCAUUCUGUGACUCGAGGCAGCGGCUGAGCCGGGACGCCCCAAGCGCACCCGCGUCUGUUGGGUGGGGGCCUUCUUCACCAUGUCCCCAGCUGCCACCCCAAGCCAGGCGGGCGUCUGGGGGCCCGAGGGGACAGGGGUGCAGCUGGCAGCACGACGGAGGGCUUGUGCAGCCCUGACCUGAGGCAGAAGCCCAUUUGCUUCCAGUUUUUUCUCCAUGGUUCUUUUCCUCCCAGAGGUAGGAGAGAGGUUCUGCAGGCGGUAGCCGAUGGAGCCAGGGGCGGCUGCACCUCUGCUCUCCAGACCAGCCUCCCACCCGCGGCUCUGCAGAGGCACUUAUUUCCAGCCCCUGCCUCCUCCACCCCUGCCCGCUCUUCCCCACCAUCCUACAACGUACCUCAGUCUCCAGCAGACCCGCCCUGCACCUGCAGUCCAGGGCGGGGCUGCUCUGCCAAUGCCCACCUCCUUGAGCCACAGCUAGCUGCCAAUCGGGUCUGGGACACCCUCCAGUGCCUGGCUCGUGCGAGACCAGGCCCGGCCGAGCCUUCCUCCCACUGCAGUGGACCAGACCCACGGCCAGGGGAUGGGCAUCCCCAGGUAGCAAUCCCACAAUGCACUGUACCUCAGAGAGAGCGUGCCAGGGGCACCAAGGGACCGGGCCCUCCGUCCAGAGGGGGACAGCCGGUUACGACACUGCUCACCAAAAGACAAAGGCCAGGCUGCCCUCGGGCACCCCUCAGUCUUCACUUGUGUCUCUCCGGAAGAACCAGCAGUCUGAUUCCGUCUUUUCAGCCCCUGUCUCUCUCCUCUCCACCCCCCACGCUGCUGAACCAAUUUCAUUUCAAUCACAAAGGAAAAAUAAAGUGGGGGUGGGGGAAAUACCUAGGAGUCUGUUAUCACAUACAUAUUGAUAUGUUAAUACUUUCUUUCUUAAAAAAGAAAACCUCUUGAUGUUAUUAUUUUGCAGACUACGCUUUAUAGUACCUGUGUGACGGGACCUAGAACACUGGAUACAAAUAGAGCUAUGUUGGUUUAUCAUAAUAUGUACGCAGAAACUUUCCUUUUGUCAUAUUAUCCUUGUAAUGUAAGAAGAUUGUUAAUAAAAGCAUUUAAAUUUGCUCAC